AAAAUCUCGUGUUAGAUUUUGGGCCCGAUCCGCGAUCGGAAUUUUGAUGACAAGUUAGAGUGGCUAACGUCCUUUGAUCUGAGCGGCUACUAAGGGAUCAGUCGCCGCCGGAAGAGAAGAAGAAGGAAUGGCUCUUCGGUUGACGCCCGUCCUCCGCCGCGCCGCUCGAGCUCUCGAAGAUGUCGAUUUGAUCAAAGCGUUGCGAUCGGAAAUCAACCACGAACUCUCCUCCCCUUCGUCCUUCCAGGACAACUCGGCCGGCUCGCCGGGGGACUUCGCCGUCGACUGGGACUCCGCGGAAUCGCAAGACGUCGUCUUGAGGAGGAAAUUAGGGUCCGGCGAGGAAGUCGCGGUUUCCGCGUUGCUGGGCGAGAUUCUCCCGGAGACACCCUCUCGUCCAACUUACCCUAGAGAAAUAUUGAUGAAGGUCUGCCUUACAAAACCUGGCUUGAGCUCCGUGUUGCAGUUCGAUUGCCGAGCUCAGGAGAAUUCUCCGUUCCUUAUCAGCUCCGCCCAUUUCCUUCGAUCCACCGAGCACCAGUCUCCUUCCUCCUACAGAGGUCCUUUGUUCAGUACAUUGGACCCUGAUCUGCAGAAUGCAUUGGAAGAGUACCUAGCAGAGAGGGGUGUAGAUCAGUUGCUUGUUAACUAUCUCCUUCACCACCUGCACACGAAGGAGCAAGGUCAGUACGUGAGCUGGUUGCAGAAGCUUGAAGCGAUGGUUGGACAGACGGCUGAUGCUGCAGAGGAAUAGCAGCCCCGACCCACAUCAGAACGUCACAUUCCCAGCCCGCCAGACAUUCCCAUUAUAAAACCCCACUGCCGAGUUCCACAAUCCCCUCGGCAAAUAUGGCGGGCACGCUUCCAACCAUCGAUCUGCAGGAACUCCAAGGGUCGCCGUCGUCGUCGGAGAAGCUCCGGGAAGCGUGCGAGAAAUGGGGCUGCUUCAGGCUGGUCAACCACGGCGUCCCUGUAAGUCUGAUGUCCGAGAUGAAGUCCGUCGUCGGGGAGCUAUUUGACCUCCCCAUUGACGUCAAGCGACGCAACGUUGACGUCCUCUCCGGCAGCGGCUACGUCGCGCUGUCGUCGAAGAACCCUCUCUACGAAGCUCUCGGACUCUACGACAUGGGCUCCACCGCCGCCGUCCACAAGUUUUGCGACCAGCUCGCCGCCUCUCCUCGCCACAGGUUUUCACUAAUUCUGACUUUGAAUUGGAUCCUAAUUGGGGACGAAUUACGAUUAUUUGAUUUUACAGGGAGACGAUUCUGAGGUAUGCGGAGGCGAUCCAUGGAGUGGCGAUGCAAGUGGCGGCGAGGAUGGCGGAGAGCUUGGGAGUUGUUGGUAGUGAAUUGUUCGAAGAUUGGCCGUGUCAGUUUCGGAUCAACAAGUACCAUUUCCAGCCGGAGACCGUCGGAUCUCCCGGCGUCCAGAUUCACACGGAUUCUGGGUUCCUCACCGUGCUUCAAGAAGAUGAAUCCGUCGGCGGCCUCGAGGUCAUGGAUCCCUCCGAUGCCGGCUACGUCCCCGUCGAUCCAGUGCCCGGAUCCUUCCUCGUGAAUCUGGGCGAUCUCGCCACGGUGUGGAGCAAUGGGAAGCUGCGGAAUGUGAAGCACAGGGUUCAGUGCAAGGAAGCGGCGGUUCGGAUCUCGAUCGCGACGUUUUUGCUGGGACCGCCGAGGGAGACGGUGGUGGAGCCGCCGCCGGCGUUCGUGGACGAUGGACACCCACGGCUGUACCGUCCCAUCAGCUACGAUGGGUUCAGGGAGCUUCGGCGGGUCACUGACAAGCACGCCGGCGAGGCGCUUCAGCUCUUGCAGGGCCCGCCGCCCGCAGCCUCUAUGGACCAAAUCUGAUGUUCAUUCCCUUCCCGCCGGCGUCCUUUGAGAAAAUCCAAGACGUCGAUUAAACUUUGAUUGUAGUAGUGAAGCAGUGCGGCCAUGGUUCAGAAUAGAAGAAAGUUAAAAGGCAAAUUACUAAUCGAUCCAUAGGUUAAAAAUAAGUUUUACUUUAGUACUCGUUAUGUUUUUUAUAUUGAGAAAUGAAGCCUCAAAUGUGAUUUAUCACUUUAUAAGAUCUCGCGUAAUGAGAAAUUAAUUAGGAUGUAAUUGGAGGUGACAAAUUUUGACUAGCUAAAUUAGAGUUACUUCUUUUUUAAUAUAUGAUGAUGACUGCGACAUGUUUAUUGAGCAUGCUUAUGUCUUCACCAUUAGUUCAUG